AUGCAUAUUUCCAAAACUAUUGUUGCGGCCUUCCUGGCAAACAGCCUGUUUGUUCACGCUGCCCCAGCACCUAAGUGUGAUGCCAUCGACGCCGUGUAUGCCAUCUUGAGAGGACCACUGAAAGCCAAGGCAUCAUCUUUUUGCCUCUCAUUUCUUGGUGGAGACAAGACGGCUCGACAAACUCAAACUCAAACUCUUACUGGCGCGACGCAGACCGCCACAGUCACUCUGGCUGAUCAGACUGUGACAGAAACCUCGAGCACCACCAAUGUCAAUCUAGCCACAACGACGGUGAAUGAGCCUCUGCCAAACCCAACCACAACAACGACCGUCACUGUAACUGCAGGCACCUCAACGAUCUAUCAGAAGCGAGAUGCGCAAAUAACAGCACGAAAUAUUCCACCCGAGCUCGCCGCCUUCGCUGCCUCCCGCAUCUCCAAAGCCUGCAGCUGCAUCGUGACCCCCACCACAACCACAAUUACCUCCACAACAACAGCAAGUGUUGCUGGCCCGACAACUACCGCCACCCUUCCCGGAAAUGUCGUAACAGUCACAGCCAUAAUCACGGUCCAGACCACCUCAACAAUAACGACCACCAGCACUGUAGCUGCUGUGGACACUGUGACCCAGACGUACACUACAACUGUAACGCCGAUCCUCGUCAAGCCAAAAAUCUGCAAUGCUAGAGGUCUCCCUGGUGCUAAUGCGUUUAAUUACGACGCAAACUUUAACACGAACCAGGCGGCUUGUAUCGCGAGUUGCAAGUCUGACAACAGAUGCUAUGCCACUGGAUUUUAUCUUGUCACAGACCCUUCAACUGGGACCACGACAGGAACUUGUCGCAAAUAUGACAAGUCAGUGACGGAUACGGCAGAUCUAGGCCCUGGGUAUUACAAUUUCAACGACAAGGCGUGCUAA